AGUCCCUCCCGAGGCGCGCGGCUCCUGGAGGCUCCAUGGCUGCGAUCUUCGGCGGCGUGGAGGGCGGGGGAACCCACUCCAAGGUGGUCCUAAUAUCAGAAGAUGGCAGGAUCCUGGCAGAGACGGAGGGCCCCUGCACCAACCAUUGGCUGGUUGGCACAGACAAAUGCCUGGAAAGGAUCAACGCCAUGGUCAGCGAAGCCAAAGAGAAGGCAGGUGCUGAUCCCCAGGUCCCUCUUCGCUCCCUGGGUCUCUCUCUGAGUGGAGGGGAGCAGAAAGAAGCCAUCAAGAAGCUCACAGAGGAGAUGAAGAACCGCUUCCCCUGCCUGAGCAAGAGUUACUACAUCACUACGGAUGCCAUCGGGGCCAUGGCCACGGCUACUGACCGGGGUGGCGUUGUGCUCAUCUCUGGAACUGGCUCCAACUGCAAACUCAUCAACCCAGACGGCUCUCAGAUCAGCUGUGGAGGAUGGGGCCACAUGAUGGGUGAUGAGGGAUCAGCUUACUGGAUCGCUCACCGGGCCGUGAAGAUUGUAUUCGAUGGUUUGGACAACCUCGAAGUGCCUCCUCAUGACAUUGGCAAAGUCAAGCAAGCCAUGUUUGACUACUUCCAGGUCUCUGACCGGAUGGGGCUCCUGACUCAUCUCUACCGGACCUUUGAGAAGUCCAAGUUUGCAGGGUUUUGCCAGAAGCUGGCUGAAGGAGCGGAGGCUGGGGACCCCCUUUGCUGCUAUAUUUUCAACAAGGCCGGGGAAGUCCUGGCACGGCACAUCGUAGCUGUGCUGCCCCGAAUUGACAAGAGCCUCUUCCAAGGUGACCUGGGGCUGCCCAUUGUAUGCGUCGGAUCGGUGUGGAACAGCUGGGAACUGAUGAGAGAAGGGUUCCUCCAGGUCCUUCAGCAGGCCCACCGCCAGCACCUCAGCAGCGCCUUCUCCAGGUUCAGCCUCUUGAAGCUGAAACAGUCGUCUGCGCUGGGAGGGGCCAGCCUGGGGGCCAAGCACAUUGGCCAAGCCCUCCCCUUGGACUACGCGGCCAACGUGGACGUCUUCUACACACACUCCUUUGCCUAGCUCCAAGGAGGGCGCAGGGCCAGCCGGCUUCCCUACCGUGCGUCUUACGUUUGUUUGGGUUUUUAAAUUUACGAUCAUCUUCUGUGUCUUGGAAAGAAUCACGUUGGGACUUUUUGUAUGCACAUGUUUCUUAAGAUUCCUCAAUAAAAAGCAAGUCCAA